AAAUACACAUUAAGCAAUUGGUUUGAGAAUAACGAAAUUCAUUAUUCACUAAAUCACUAAAAUUCGUUAUUGCUUGUGAAGCAAUAGUACUAGCACACAAGCACUAGUUUUGGCUAAGGUCUGUUCGUGUGGAUACUCGUAGAGGACGCAUUCUUUUGGAGGCGUUUCUGAUCCGAGGCCAGGUAUCACCAAAAUGAACCACCUCCUUCUUUCCUACAUUGCUGUUGAAUUUGACAUACAAGAUAAAAUUGAUUCACUUUCCUGAGAAAAUAAGAAAAAGAAGAUGAAAACAAUACACUGCAACCAUUUACUUCACACUCUCCACUCAUCACCGGCUCCAACAAUUACACCCCUCACCAGAAAAGGUGUAUCAGAACACAAAUGGAAUGGUUUUAGGACAGGGAGAUUGCAGAGUUUUUGCUGUGGUGCAAUUAGAGCCGUUGAUGGAAGACAACAGCAAAAGGUCUCUCCUUGGGAUGAUAAACCCUAUGAGAUUUUGCCAAGUGGGAAAAGAUCAUACUUGGAUGAGCAAGAUGUUGUUGCAUUUCUUAAUCCUAAUAAGGAGUUGAUUCCUCUUGAUCCCCAGUCUUAUAAUUCUGCUGCAUAUCUUUGGAAAAAAAUUGAAGAUAUUCCAGAGGAUAGGCGUCAUAGAUUGCUGGCCUUGAUAGAACCUGAGCUUAUAUCAAAAGCUUGGCAGAUAGCUGGCACUCGAUAUGAGGAUCCUAUGUUAGCUAAGAAAAGUGCAUCCAACUUGUUAAGUUGUGAAGAUGGCGAAACAUCAGUUGAAUUUUAUAACUGCCGAAGUAGUGGAGGACCAUGGCCUAUAGGUUGGAUGAAGCUCUUCAAGAAGGCUAUUUUUCGUAGCAAUAAUGGGAAUAUCUACGGGAGAUUGAUUGGUGGACCAGUUUCUGCUCAGAUUACAAAUUCCACUCGUCCACUGUAUUUUGAAGUAACGCAUCACGGGGAAGUAUUGUCGACAGAACAGCCCUGUGAUCUCGCCUAUGAACUCGGUGAUGGGCACUUGAAUUUCCUUGAUUAUCCUCAAGGUUUUCCAGCACCUGCGAAGCAUCCGUAUCCUUUCAAUGAUCAGGUGGUUAUAUAUGUUCGUCAUGUCGGACCUGGAGUGUCGAUCGGGCAAGCAUGGCAAGAAGGCAAAGAACUGCAGCAAGUGCCUCGAAAGUUAUGUGGUGAGAUUUUGAUGGUUAAAGAUUAUGCUGCAUCUUCGGUAUGACGUUGAAGAGUUCUCCUGUUUUGACACCAAUUAUUUCUAUGGAGAAAGUCUUAACUUGCAAAGAAGAUUGCUGUAAUAUAUAAACUUAACUAUCACUUUGCUCCCCGAAUUUACAUGCAAUGGGCACUAAACUAUAAAAUUAAUUUUUUUGGUCAAUUAGUUCCUUGACCUUGGUUCAA